AGGCACGUUGAUCAGAGCCCUCGACACCACCACAGACACAGACACACAGGCCACCACCGAUGACCGUACUCGCGUGCAUAGCCCUGACGACUCCGACUCGCUUAAAGGGUGCGAUGGCGAUCCUGGAUGGCAGAAAACAUGUGUGGCAGACACCCCUUUACAACGAGAGGGCUAUGAAUCUCAGGCGAGUGCACGCGCCAGUGUACACCAGCAGCACUCUAAGGGAGCGAGACCACCGGAACAGGCACAGAAACAGCCACAACCCCAACACAGGCAACAGGCCAACAGUCAGCGAUCGGAUAUAGAUAUACAACAGAGGAACACACAGCAACCCAACACACGGGGACAUGAAGCAGGAGAGUCACAAAAGACCCCGUCCGCUGGGCCACAAGCGCAUACUCAUCACACUGCAUUUGGGAGCGAUGACGACGAUAGUGCGAGUUUAGAUGUGGAUACACACACGCACACGGACUUGACUGACACACGUGUUGUACACGCACAGACAAGCCCGGCACCCGCACGGUCACAACCAAGCCACUCGCAGACACAGACACGGGAGCAGGACCAGGCAUGGGCACGGGUGGAUACUCAGGGACAGAUAAACCAAGGUUCAUCGCCAUCAAACCCCGAUUCGGCACUGCCGGCGAGCGCGCAACCCAGGAGCAAUGCACGAGUGGCACAUGGGCAGGUUACAGAGACUGGGGUUGAAGAUGCUCAAGCGGAAUGUACCAGGAAAGAAGAGGGUACCGCUAGUGGCAGCCAUCACAGUGAGAGCGAACGUGGUGAAGAGGGUCAGACGAGCCCUAUAUCAAGACACGAUUCAGCCACAGCAGCGAGCGAAGAAAGUGAUACUAUGAAUACUCUGGCACGUACUGCCACUAUCGAAGUGCUGGGUAGGGGCCGUGAGAACAAGACCAGCAGACACACAGACAGCUUCUACAAAGAGGAUGAUCACGCCAUACAAGAGGGUGUGAUGGAGGACGAUAGUCGAGAUAGUGGGUGUGAGGAUACGACGAGUUUGCGCCCAGAAUCACAGGGGGGGGGCUCUGUAAAGGACAGUGAGACAAGCACGUGUGGGAAAAAUGGAGAUGCAGGGUUGGACGGUGCAUCUGCAAAUAGGCUAGUGUCGCAAGAGGAAUAAAACAGUCUAUGAG